AUGGCAUUGAUCAUGAGACCUCACAUCACCACUCUCUUUCUCCUCCUCAUCCUCCUACUCGUCCUCCCAAUCCCAGGAACAUGCCAUGUUCGACAACCGAGCUCCGUUGCUCAUGCAUCCAUCCAUCGAAAACUCCUCCACUCAAAAGAUUCAAGCCACCAUCAUCAUCACCAUCAUUCUCAUCCGAGCAGCUAUCAUGGACAUAGCACGACCACUUUAGUCGCCGCCGCUCACGAGCCCAACCCAACCCUCGCCCGCGACGACACUGGCAACGAGAUCGAUCCCCGUUACGGCGUGGAGAAAAGAUUUGUUCCCAGCGGCCCCAACCCCCUCCACCAUUGA